AUGAAGGAUUACUCAAAGAUCGGUGAUAAAUCGGUGGUGCAGAGAACAAGACGACGAUGCGAAGGCACCGCCAUGGGCGCCACCGUCUUCGAUCUCCGACCCGGCGUCGGCAUCGGACCUUUUUCAAUCGGGAUGCCAAUUUGUGAAGCAUUUGCUCAAAUAGAGCAGCAGCCGAACAUAUAUGAUGUUGUCCAUGUUAAAUACUACGACGAGGAUCCUCUGAAACUGGAUGUUGUUAUUAGCUUUCCGGAUCAUGGGUUUCAUCUCCGAUUCGAUCCCUGGUCUCAGAGGUUACGCCUUGUUGAGAUAUAUGAUGUCAAGCGGCUUCAGAUGCGCUAUGCCACUUCUAUGAUUGGGGGGCCAUCAACUCUGGCCACGUUUGUGGCUGUUUAUGCACUUUUUGGACCGACCUUUCCUGGAAUUUAUGAUAAAGAAAGAGGGAUUUAUUCUCUGUUCUACCCGGGGCUAUCCUUCGAGUUUCCAAUUCCUAACCAGUACACGGACUGCUGCCAUGAUGGAGAAGCGGCACUGCCAUUAGAGUUCCCAGAUGGCACCACACCAGUAACAUGCCGGGUCUCUGUGUAUGACAACUCAAGUGACAAAAAAGUUGGUGUAGGAAAAUUGAUGGAUAAAGCUUCUGUCCCUCCUUUGCCUGUUGGCAGCCUGUAUAUGGAAGAAGUUCAUGUCAAGCUUGGCAAGGAACUCUAUUUUACCGUUGGAGGUCAGCAUAUGCCUUUUGGUGCAUCACCACAGGAUGUAUGGACUGAAUUAGGACGACCAUGUGGGAUCCACCCAAAGCAGGUUGAUCAAAUGGUUAUUCAUUCCGCGUCAGAUCCACGACCAAAAACAACUCUUUGUGGUGAUUACUUUUACAACUAUUUCACUCGUGGUCUGGACAUCCUGUUUGACGGCGAGACGCACAAAGCUAAGAAGUUUGUUCUUCACACCAACUAUCCUGGUCAUGCUGAUUUCAACUCAUACAUAAAGUGCAACUUUGUGAUCUCUGUUGGAGAGGAUGCGGCAGAAGCAAACAGAGGUGGAAACAAGAUAACUCCAAGAUCGAACUGGGAGCAGGUUAAGGAUAUACUCGGGGAGUGUGGCCCAGCAGCUAUUCAGACACAGGGCUCAACUAGCAACCCUUUUGGAUCGACAUACGUGUAUGGCUAUCAGAAUGUUGCAUUUGAGGUGAUGAAGAACGGUCACAUAGCCACUAUAACUUUGUUCCAGUCAUGA